GUUUCCAAGGAGGGCCUGGUGGAUUCAAACUGCCGACAUUUUGGUUAGCAGUCGAGUUCUUACCCACUGGACCACCAGGGAUCCUUCAUAUAUAUAUAUAUAAAACAGCCUUAUUGAGAUAUAAUUCACAUACCAUACAAUUCACCCGUUUAAACCAUACAAUUCACAGAACUUUUAGUGUAUUCAGAGCUGUGCAACCAUCAGCACAAUCAGUUUUAGAACAUUACAUCCCCCUGGUAAAAAGCCCUGUACCCAUGAGCAAUCACUCUCCAUUCCCUUUCCCUCCCCACCACCAGUUCUUAGCAACUGCUAAUCUGUUUCCUGUCUCUGUGGAUCACAUUUGUUAGAUUUGCCUAUCCUGAACAAUCCACAUAAUAGGAAUCAUACAAUACGUGGCCUUUUCUGUCUGGUUUGUUUCACUUAGCAUUAUGUUUUUAAGGUUUAUUCAUGUUGUGGCAUUAUCAAUGCUUCAUUCCUUUUUAUGGCUGAGUAAUAUUCCAUUAAAAAAAUUUUUAAGGUAUAAGACGCAUGCCACAACAUGGGUGAAACUUGAAAACAUUAUGCUAAGUGAAAAAAGCCAGUCUCAAAAGGUCAUGUAUUAUGAUUCUGUUUUCUGAAAUGAAAUGUCUAGAACAAGCAAAUCUAGAGAGACAGGAAGUAGAUUAGUGGUUGCCAAGGACUGUGGGGAGGGGGAAAUGAGGAGAGACUGGUAAUGGGUACUGAAUUUCUUUUUUGGGGUGAUGAAAAUGUUCUAGAUUGAUUGUGGUGAUUGCACAGCUCUGUGAAUAUAGUAAAAAUCACAAAAUUGUAUACUUUAAAUGGGUGAAUUGCAUGGUAAAUGAAUUAUAUCUCAAAGCUGUUAUUUUUAAAAGGUGUUUAAGUGAGGGUUUAAGGAGAAUUGUAUAUGAAAAAGUCUCUUGGGUGUUUCUUGCUGUAGUAGAACAUUCCCUUUGGGGGCUUUCCCCUUGGGGGCUCCAGGGAAAGCUGCUGGCUGAUCUGGCCAAGCGCCUGGGCCUUCACUACGUGGUCUACAGUGGCCUGGAGAAUAUCAAGAAGCUGACAGGUGGGAAACUGGCCGCCGGCCACUUCGAUGGCAAAGGCGAGGUAGAGGAAUACUUCCGGCACAUUGGUGUCCCUAUGACCAGCGUGCGGCUGCCCUGCUACUUUGAGAACCUCUUAUCCUCCUUCCUGCCCAAGAAAGCCCCGGAUGGAAAGAGCUACUUGCUGAGCCUGCCUAUUGGUGACAUCCCCAUGGAUGGGAUGGCUGUAGCGGACCUCGGUCCGGUGGUGCUCAGCCUGCUGAAGGUGCCAGAAGAGUAUAUCGGCCAAAACCUUGGGCUCAGUACCUGCAGGCACACCGCAGGGGAGUACGCUGCCCUCCUCUCCAAGCACACUGGUCAUGCCAUACGCGAUGCCAAGGCAACUCCAGAGGAAUAUGAGAAGCUUGGCUUCCCUGGGGCCCAGGACCUAGCCAACAUGUUCCGUUUCUAUGCCAUGAAACCUGACCGCAACAUCGAGUUGACCCUGAGACUCAACCCCAAGGCCAGGACCCUUGACCAGUGGCUGGAGCAGCAUAAAAGGGACUUUGCCCAGCUGUGACUCUGCCCACCUCUCAAGCCUGAGUCGGGGCGGGGAAGGAAGGCACAGGGUCACAAUCAUCCUUUUUUGUGCUAAAAAAAAAUUUUCUUUUUUUUUUUUUUUAAAUAAAGGCCAUUGUUCUUGCA